CUCCUUUUCCAGCUGUUGUUUUCACAGCUGUCCUUCCUAGCUCUCCUCGGCUGCUAAGUGUGUGACUGAGUGAGUUGGCUCGGCCCUCCCUCACGCAUCUUUGGUUCAUUGGUUGACACUGCGUGUCUGAUUGACAGGAACAACAGUUUCCAAGAUGGCUUGGACUCGAGGUGGAUCAUUUCGUGGUUCUAGGGGUGCCAGCUUUGCCCAAAUCCUCAAGAAAAAUAUUUGUGCCCCACCUGGAUUGGCAGUGGCAUAUGUGUCUCCGGCUGUCUCAGAAGUUAACAAAAACCUCUUUGACCCGGCAUGCAACACCAAUUGUGGUGGCAUCAGAUCGAAAAGCAUUCCCCAAGAGUUGAUUGACCGAUACAAGCGGGGUGAGACCCACGCAGUGUCAGCUCUUUACCAGCUCUCUCAGGUUCUACAGUUCCAGGUUGAGUUAAAGGAAACGGUAACCACAGGUAACAUCCCAGGCUUCUACUUUGCCUUCUGUGUUGUGAUUGACGGGGUGAAGUACAAGACUGGGAUGGGGAUCAAUAAGAAGGAGGCCAGGGCCAGUGCAGCUCAGCUGGCCCUUGAGGACCUGCUGCCCACCUUGGAUGGAGAUUCUCUGCUUCCAGAGGCGUUGGAUGGCCCUCCUCCCUUGCCAGUGAAAGAGAGUCAGUCUACAGGCUCAGCGAUCCAUCCUAGAAGAACCAUUUAUGAGCGUCAGAACCCCAUCAACGAGCAUGUUCCCCAGGCAGUGAGAGAGCUGCUGAGUAAGCUGAUGGACAGCUACCCCGAGGUCUCUGCCUGCAGGAGCACAGUGGCAGCAUUUAUCACUCAGUCACCCAGUGGAUGUGAAGUGGUGGCCAUUGGAACAGGGAAUUACAACACUAAGGAGAGCGCUACACCAAAUGGACGGGUUCUUCACGACUCCCAUGCAGUUGUAACAGCAAGGAGAUCACUGAUGCGUUAUCUGUACAGGCACCUGUUGCUGUUCUUUAGUAAGAAUCGCAGCCUUGAGGAGAAGUCCAUGUUCCAGCAGGACAAGAACACCAAGCUCCUCAGUCUGAAGAGCAACAUCACGCUCCACCUGUACAUGAACCAGAUGCCCAAAGGAGCCGCCCAGAUCCCAUCCAAUCUGCGCCUGAACCCCCUCUCCAUCUCAGCCUGGGAGGUGAACAACCAGAUCAGCCUGCACGUGACGGUGGAGGGCAAGGUGUUCUCAGUCUUCUCCCCCACCUUCGACCAGGCCGCCUCCAGGGUGGUUAGCAUGUCGGCCAGUGACAAGAUCACCCAGUGGCAGGUGCUGGGUUUCCAGGGAGCCCUGCUCAGUCACUUCACUGAGCCCAUUUACGUCAGCAGCAUCCUUGUAGGCGACGUGAGCUGCUGUGACGUGCGGGGCAUGGAGAUUGCGGUGAACCAGCGUGUGGACGGCAUCACCCCCCGCCUACCCAUGUACUACUGCGUGUACCGGCCCCACAUCAGCCUGGUGCCCACGGCGUGCCCUGAGGGUGGCGCAAACACCAACGCCCAGUGGAGCCACGGCAUCAACUGGAGCCAGGGGGACGUCUCCCUGGAGGUGGUGGACGGCCUGGAGGGCAAGACGGUGGAGGCGUCUCCGUUUAAGAGCGGCCCUGCCCUGGCCAGUCGCCUGUGUAAAGCAGCCAUGCUGAGUCGCUUCAACCUGGUGGCCCAGGAGGCUUCAAGACGGGACCUGCUAGCUACAGUGUCCUACAGAGAGGCCAAGAUGAUGGCCAAGCCCUACCAGGAGGCCAAGAGUGUGCUGAGGUCCUACUUAGCGCAACAAGGCUACGGCUCCUGGGUGGCCAAGCCUCCAGUGAGCGAUCACUUCAGCAUGAAGUCUCCCAUGCAUUAAGGGACCCGACGCUCCAGGACGACGCUCCAGGAUCAAACACCUGAAUAAUUGGUGUGAUCAAUCUUUGGUUCCAAAUACUGAGGAAAAUGCCUGCAGUGAGGAUAAUGUUGAAGAGUUUGAGUAUAGCCAAUUUGAAUUUGUGGUCUGUAUAUUUGAUCAUUUCAUUUAAAAUACCAUCAGCACCACAGGCCUUUUUGGGUUGGAGAGUGCAUCGUUUUCCCCAAUAAUUCUUCUGUAAUUGGGGUAUCCACAGGAUUCUGAUAGUCUUCUGUAAAUUGGGGUAUCCACAGGAUUCUGAUAGUCUUUGACUGCUGAUUCAAGGAUUUGUCAUUUUUGUUCUGGGCUCUUUGUUAUAUUGCUGUAGAGGUUUGCAAAGUGAUUUCUCCACAUAUCCCCAUUUUGGAGAGCCAAUUCCUUCUGGUAAGGUUUGUUUAAUUUAUUCCAAUUCUCCCAGAAGUGGUUUGAUUCUAUGGAUUCCUCAAUUCCAUCCAGUUGAUUUCUAAUGUACUGUUCCUGUUUUGUGCGUAGGGUGUGUUUGUAUUGCUUCAGUGUUUCCCCAUAUUGAAGGAGUUUAUUUUUGUUGUCUGGUUCUCUGUUUUGAUUAGAUAUAUUUCUGAAUGAUUUUCUUUGAUUUUUGCAAUCAUUAUCAAACCAUUUUUCUUGAUCUGUUCUUUUUGGUUUUCUCUUACGUUUCUUUAGAUUAGGAGGCUAAUUUGUCAAAUAUAAAGUUUGUUCCAAACGGCCAAGUUUACACCUUCAUUGCUGUAGGAGAAUGUUAAGGCUAAACCGUUGUCCAGGAGAGAUUGUAUUUUUUGGC